AUGGAGGAUGUGGGGCCAGGCAGCGACACAGACAGCCCGGACCAGCGGCAGGUCACUGCUGAGGGUGGCAACACUGAACACCCGAAUACACACACUGCUGUUAGGAACUAUGAGUGUGAUCAGUGUGGGAAAAAGUUUCUUCGUAAACUUGACCUCAAGUCGCACAUAGUCCUCCACACUGGUACUAAAAGUUUUAAGUGUGAUCAGUGUGGGGAAAAGUUUCUUCUUCAAAGCAGCCUCAGGAGACACAUGGUCCUCCACAUUGGUACUAAAAGCUUUGAGUGUGAUCAGUGUGGGAAAAAGUUUUUUCGCAAAGAUGACCUCAAGUCACACAUGGUCCUCCACACUGGUACUAAAGACUUUGAGUGUGAUCAGUGUGGGAAAAAGUUUUUUCAUAAAGGCAACCUCAGGGUACACAUGAUCCUCCACACUGGUACUAAAAGCUUUGAGUGUGAUCAGUGUGGGAAAAAGUUUCUUCGUAAAGAUGGCCUCAGGAAACACAUGGUCCUCCACACUGGUACUAAAAGCUUUGAGUGUGAUCAGUGUGGGAAAAACUUUCUUCGUAAAGAUGGCCUCAGGAAACACAUGGUCCUCCACACUGGUACUAAAAGCUUUGAGUGUGAUCAGUGUGGGGAAAAGUAUUUUCAUAAAGGCAACCUCAGGGUACACAUGAUCCUCCACACUGGUACUAAAAGCUUUGAGUGUGAUCAGUGUGGGAAAAAGUUUUUUCGCAAAGAUGACCUCAAGUCACACAUGGUCAUACACACUGGUACUAAAGACUUUGAGUGUGAUCAGUGUGGGAAAAAGUUUUUUCACAAACAUGACCUCAGGAAACACAUGGUCAUACACACUGAUACUAAAGACUUUGAGUGUGAUCAGUGUGGGAAAAAGUUUCUUCGUAAAGGUCACCUCAAGUCACACAUGGUCAUACACACUGGUACUAAAGACUUUGAGUGUGAUCAGUGUGGGAAAAAGUUUCUUCGUAAAGAUGACCUCAAGUCACACAUGGUCAUACACACUGGUACUAAAGACUUUGAGUGUGAUCAGUGUGAGAAAAAGUUUUCUCGCAAACAUACCCUCAGGAAACACAUGGUCAUACACACUGGUACUAAAGACUUUGGGUGUGGACAGUGUGGAAAAAAGUUUGCUCGUAAAGAUACCCUCAGAGUACACAUUCUCAAUCACACCGAUACCAAUACCAGUAGGUUUGAGUGUGAACAGUGUGGGAAAAGAUUUACUGCCAAUAGCAGCCUCAAACGCCACAUCCUCACCCACUCUGACACCAGAAACUUUGAGUGUGAAGAGUGUGGGAAAAGAUUUCUUCGUAAAGGUGACCUCAACACCCACAUGCUCAUCCACACUGGUGAAAGGAAGUUUGAGUGUGAUGUUUGUGGCAAGUGUUUCACCACCAAGAGUUCUAUUGCCCGCCACGUCAAGACACACCUCUCACCUUGCCUUGGGGGCUCCUGCAGCGGUGGCCAACGCUGCCCCCCCCCAAGGUUGUCUGCCAGGAGUGGUGCCACAAUGGAGGGUGUGAGGCCAGGCAGCGGCACAGACAGCCCGGACCAGCGGCAGGUCACUGCUGAGGGUGGCAACACUGAACUGUGUGGGAAAAAGGUUACUAGUAAAAGUAACCUCAAUAAACACAUGGCCAUCCACACUGCUACUAAAAGCUUUAAGUGUGAACAUUGUGGGAAAAAGCUUCUUCGUAAACGUGAAGUCAAACAACACAUGCUCAUCCACACUGAUAUUAAAAGCUUUGAGUGUGAUCACUGUGGGAAAAAGUUUCUUCAUAAAAGUUCCCUCAAGUCACACAUGGUCAUAGGCACUGGUACUGAAAACUUUGAGUGUGACCUGUGUGGGAAAAAGUUUCUUUGUAAAGGCGAACUCAAAGUACACACGAUCACCCACACUGGUACUAAAAGCUUUGAGUGUGAUCAGUGUGGGAAAAAGUUUCUUCGUAAAGGUGGCCUCAAGUCACACAUGGUCAUCCACACUGGUACUAAAGACUUUGAGUGUGAUCAUUGUGGGAAAAAGUUUCUUCAUAAAGGCAGCCUCAAGAAGCACAUGGUCAUCCACACUAGUACUAAAAGCUUUGAGUGUGAUCAGUGUGGGAAAAAGUUUCUUCGUAAAGGUGGCCUAAAGUCACACAUGGACAUCCACACUGGUACUAAGGACUUUGAGUGUGAUCAUUGUGGGAAAAAGUUUCUUCUUAAAAGUAACCUCAAGACGCACAUGGUCAUCCACACUGGUACUAAAGACUUUGAGUGUGAUCAUUGUGGGAAAAAGUUUCUUCUUAAAAAUAACCUCAAGACGCACAUGGUCAUCCACACUAGUCCUAAAAUCUUUGAGUGUGACCAGUGUGGGAAAAAGUUUCUUUGUAAAGGUGAACUCAAAGUACACAUGACCACUCACACUGGGGGUGAAAGCUUUGAGUGUGAUCAGUGUGGGAAAAAGUUUCUUCGUAAAGGUACCCUCAAUAAUCACAUGGUCCUUCACACUGGUACUAAAAGCUUUGAGUGUGAUCAGUGUGAAAAAAAGUUUCUUCGUAAAGGCGGCCUCAAGUUACACAUGGUCACCCACACUGGUACUAGAGACUUUGAGUGUGAUCAUUGUGGGAAAAAGUUUCUUCGUAAAAGUGAACUCGUCAAGCACAUCCCUACUCACUCUGGUAUUAGAUACUUUGAGUGUGGACAGUGUGGGAAAAUAUAUUUUCUUAAAGGUGACUUCAAUAAACACAUUCUCACCCACACCGGUGCCAAAAAGUUAGAGUGUGAUCAAUGUGGGAAAAAGUUUCUUCGUAAAGGUGCCCUCAUUAAUCACAUGAUCAUCCACACUGGUACUAAAAGCUUUGAGUGUGAUCAGUGUGAAAAAAAGUUUCUUCGUAAAGGCGGCCUCAAGGCACACAUGUUCACCCACACUGGUACUAAAGACUUUGAGUGUGAUCAGUGUGGGGAAAAGUUUGUUGGUAGAAGUGGCUUCAACAGGCACAUUCUUACUCACACAAGUACCAAAAGCUUUGAGUGUGAUCAUUGUGGGAAAAAGUUUCUUCAUAAAGGCAACCUCAAGGAACACAUGAUCCUCCACAUUGGUACUAAAAGCUUUGAGUGUGACCAUUGCGAGAAAAAGUUUCUUCGUAAAGGUGACCUCAAGUCACACAUGGUCCUCCACAUUGGUACUAAAGACUUUGAGUGUGAUCAGUGUGGGAAAAAGUUUCUUCGUAAAAGUGAACUCAAGUUACACAUGGUCCUCCACACUGGUACUAAAGACUUUGAGUGUGAUCAGUGCGGGAAAAAGUUUCUUCGUAAAAGUCAGCUCGCCCUGCACAUCCCUACUCACACUGGUAUUAGAAACUUUGAGUGUGAACAGUGUGAAAAAAAGUUUGUUAGUAGAGGUAACCUCAAAAGACACAUUCUUACUCACACUGGUGCCAAAAACUUUGAGUGUGGAGAGUGUGGGAAGAAGUUUGUUUAUAAAGAAGUCCUCAAAGCACACAUUCUCAUCCACACUGAUACCAAAAACUUUGAGUGUGAACAGUGUGGAAAAAAGUUUAUUGCUAGAGGUACCCUCAACAAGCACCUUCUUACUCACACUGGUGCCAAAAACUUUGAGUGUGGACACUGUGGGAAGAAGUUUGCUCAUAAAGAAGUCCUCAAAAAACACAUUCUCAUCCACGCUGGUGAAAGGAAGUUUAAGUGUGAUGUUUGUGGCAAGUGUUUCAUGACCAAGGGAUGUGUUGCCCGCCACGUCAAGAGACACCAGUGAGGUGGUGUGGUGCUGCCUUCACUUGCUUCUCUAUUUAUCUUUCUUCUUCCACGUCAAACAUGUUGUCAAGUGUGGCAGCGGGAGAGCGUUGCCGCAGUCUGACCACGUGCAUUGAACUGUGUGCGCGUUCAUAUUUCGACACCCCGUAUGAUUUACUUCAGGGGAUUACCAGUACUUCGCUCCAUCUUGCAGGAUCGGCGUUAUCUCCCUUCUAAAGAGUCUGCCAGACUGUUGUCACACACACACACACACACACGUACUCUAUUUCACUAAUGUCGGGUGUCCCCCCGUUAUAUAGCUCUCAGCUUAGGAAUGUUUGACAAAAGAAGAAUCAGAAUGUAAUCAGUGUCGUACGUGAGCUUGGGAGGACAAGGUGUAGGAUUUAUUAGGUACGGGAGAUUGUCCAAUGGAGACUGGGACCACAGAGAGCACCAAAGCCUGAAGCCCCGUUCACACUGUGCCGACUCUGGGCUACGACAACCCAGCGACUUUUCCAUUUGACAAGUUGGUUCCCACGCUCCAAGAAGCGGGGAAGGUUUCACUGGGGUCUUGGUGUCUUGCCGACUGUCUGGGACAUUCGGCCAACUAGUUGCCAGCAUGUCGUGCUAACCCUCACGACUCCAGACUCCCGUCACGACGUCGGCGCAGCAUUCGGCAACAGUCUCAAGACCUCUUUCAAGACAUGCCCGACCCUUUCACAUCAACACCUAAGACCUCGUGAACCCUAGAGUCGUGGGUUGUCGUGGCCCAGAGUCGGCACAGUGUGAACGGGACUUGAGUGGCUCUGGGGUACCCUGCCCGCUGAUGUUUGGCUGAGUGCCGUGAUAAGGAUUGUGUAUUUGUGUGUAUAUUCAGCUGGAUAAAUGGGUUUAUCGGAGCCAGGAACAUGUGAAUAUCGGUUUUCAAGUGAAUGUAAGGAUUACCCCCGCCCCAAUACUCUGCACUCGGAUUCAGGAAUAAAUUGUAUCA